AUGCAAACUGUCACAAAGAUACCAUUUCCAGAGUGCUUCGAGGUAUUUCAGCAGCCACCCGUUGGGAAUCUUCCUUUUGGCAUUUUUCACCUGUUGAAUGAAAAUCUUUUUGAGGGAAUCCACUCGAUCACCCAACAAGUGACACCAAGAAGGAACUCUCAACAGAUUGAAAAUUGGGGAGCUGAGCCAGGUGAAGAAAAGAUCUCAUCGAAGAGUAAAAGAGGACGGAGAAAACUGAAGAAACCGAGGACGUCUUUUACGAGAAUACAGAUUGCAAUUCUUGAGCAACGCUUUGUCGAGCAAAAAUAUGUUGGGAAUGGUGAACGGCGAGAGUUGGCCGAUCACUUGCAAAUGUCCGACGCUCAAGUGAAAACCUGGUUCCAGAAUAGGAGAACGAAAUGGAGACGCCAAGAAGCUCUUCAGCGAACUCAACGAAACGAGCCCUUUCCUCUCCUCCCAAUCUUCAAUCAAAACGGA